AUGGCAGGCGGGGGCUGGGAAUCCGGCGGGGGCUGGGGGGAGCCUGCUCCUGCCGCCCAGCAGCAGCAGCAGCGAGCGGCCGCGGCGGCAGAAGAGCAGGUGGCGGUGCUGUUCAAGCAGCUGGCCACGCAGCAGGACCUGCUGGAAGGGAUUGUGUGCCGGGCAUCCAAGGCGGAGUCGGAGGCAGAUGACCUGCGGCAGCAGCUGGCGGCGGCCAGGCAGCAGGCCAAGCGCGCCGCCGGCCAGGCGUCGGCCCUAGAGCAGCGCCUGCGCGCCGCGCAGACGGCGCUGGCACACCAGCCCGUGCAGGCAGGCACGCUGCUGUCGGAGCAGCAGGAAACGGCAGCCGGCAUUGCGGCACGCGUGGGCAGCCUGCGGGACAGCUUGGCACCCACGUGCGGCGAGGAGGCUGCCACCAUAGUGGCAGCUCUGGAUGCCGAGGUGCAGCAGCUGCAGGGGCAGCAGGCCAAGCUGCGCCAGCUGCUGAAAUACUGCGGGAGGCAGAGCCAGCCAGGGCUGGCAGAGCUGUCGCCAAGCCAGGGGCCGCCAGAGCCGCUCCCCACGCGGCGCCUCUACUUUGGGAAGCUGGCACCGGGCGUCACUAGGCGCCAGCUGUCGGAUGCUGCGAGCGAGUACGGGGUGGUAGAGUCAGUCAAGGUGUGCGUGAAGGGCGACAGGACCUACGGCUUUGUGGAGUUUGAGGAGGCCGAGGCGGCCGAGGCGGCGGUGGCGGCGCUGAACGGUCGCUCCGCGCCGGAGCUGUCUGGUCCCGACAAGCUGGUGGUCCAGUUCUGUAAGGCGGCACCGCCUCCCGAAGCACGCAGGCAGCCGCAGCCACCAGACGGAGCAGGGACGGCGGCGGCGGCAGCGGCGGCGGUAGCGGCAGCGGCAGCGGCAGUGGCAGCGCCAGCGCCAGCGCUAGCGGCAAACUCGGGUAAGGCCGCCGGGCGCACCACGUUGCAAGUGUCGGCUCCAGAGUGGCGCCCACCGGCGGCGCAGCAGUCCAGCAGCCAGGCUGGGGAGGCAGCGGCGCCGCAUGCAGACGCGGCGGCAGCACGAGGAGCAGCAGCAGCAGCAGCAGCAGCAGCAGCAGCGAUGCCGCGCCCGCUGGACACAGCGCACAAGGAGGCGGUGGAGGAGGAGGGGGGUGCUGCAGAGGGUGGCGACCUGCCGCACCUGCCAGCAGAGCUGCUCGACUCGCCGCCGCACAGCUUGGGGGUGCAGCCAGCCACGCCGUCGCCGCUGCCCCUGCCGCUGCCCCUGACGCCGCUGAGCGCCAGCAGCCGCAGCAGCAGCGGCGUGUUGUCGGCGUCGGCUGCCGCCGCUGCGGGGGCGGGGCGCAGGUGA